UGCGGGUGUUUGCGGCAGUGGGCGGCGCGGCCGGCCCUGUGCCCCGGGGGGUGAGGCCUUCCCUGCGGAGCUCGUCCGGAGCCGGGCGGGCGGCCGUUACCCGUCGCGGCCCGCGGUGUUCCGCCGCGUUCCGCCGCAUGCCGGCCCGCCCCGCUGGGCCCGCUGGGCAGGCCCGGCCUGGGCCCCGCUGCGGGCGGUCUGGGCCGCCCCCGGCCACCUUCAGGGCGGAGCGGGCCCCGCCGGUGUCCCCGCCGCGCCUCCCGGGAGCGGGCCUGGGGCGCAGGCCUGCUGCCUCGGGAGCGCUUGUGGGCAGCCAGGCUUGUGCGGCCCGGGGAGCCGGCAGCCCCCCCGGGGAGCGCAGGCUGCGGGGGAGGCUGCUGGGGGUUGGCUUUCCUUUUUCCCCUCCUGUUUGUUGGGAGGACGAGGUUCCCUCCCUCUCCUGAAGAGCUGGUGGCCUCUGAUCUGCGCUGGCGGGGUUCUUGCUUCCUCUGGAAACCUGCCUUUGGUAUUGAAAGAACAGGACUUGACUGGUAUCUUUGUUGUCAUCUGGGCCCAUUGUCUCCAAAGAGAUCACUUUCUAGUUAAAGAUGGCUGCUGAUACCUCUGUUGAAAUACUUCAGAAAGUUCUGGAGAAUGAAAUACUUCAGACAGCCAAAGUUGUGGAAGAACAUCUGGAUGCUGAAAUGCAGAAGCUGGACCAAAUGGAUGAAGAUGAAUUGGAGUGCCUUAAACAACGGAGGCUUGAAGCACUAAAAAAAGCCCAGCAGCAGAAACAGGAGUGGCUAUCAAAAGGACAUGGAGAAUACAGAGAAGUCCCAAGUGAGAGAGACUUUUUCCAAGAAGUCAAAGAGAGUAGAAACGUGGUUUGCCAUUUCUACAGAGAUACAACAUUCAGGUGCCAAAUAAUGGACAAACAUUUGACUGUCUUGGCCAAAAAGCAUGUUGAGACAAAGUUCUUGAAGUUAAAUGCUGAAAAAUCUCCUUUCUUAUGCGAGAGACUGCGCAUCAAAGUAAUUCCCACUCUAGCACUACUAAAAGAUGGAAAAACACAAGACUACAUUGUGGGCUUUACUGAUCUCGGUAACACUGAUGACUUCACUACAGAGACCUUAGAAUGGAGGUUAGGCUGUGCAGACGUAAUUAAUUACAGUGGAAAUUUGAUGGACCCACCUUUUCAAAGUCAAAAGAAAUUUGGAACAAGCUUUACGAAAUUGGAUAAGAAGACUAUCAAAGGAAAGAAAUAUGACUCGGAUUCUGAUGAUGACUAGAAGGACAGAUAAAUGUAUUUGUAAAUCAUCUUUUGUUUAUGCUUGGUACAUUUCUAAGAAUGUUUUUUAUAAAGCUUACUGCUUUUCAUUACAUCUGCACAUAAUGCUCAUUUUUCUAUACAGUUUUAUACAACUGAGUCAUAGCAGAAAAUAGUUUUGGUUUGGUUUUUUCUCUCUUUUGGAAGCUGUUUGUAAUUAAAAAAUUGAGUCCUUCUAACUAAACAACAUGGCAAAUGAUGAAUUAUGUCUUAAGUAUAAGUUUAUUAAGUGUUUUGAAGGAGCUGUUAUAAAUAAUUGUACCAAGUCAGACCAAAGGUCCCUCUAGCCCAGCAUCCAGUCUCAAUGGCUAAAAGCAGAUUCUAAGGAAGAGUAAAAACAGGGUGAGCAGUUAACAGUGCUUCCCAAGAAUAUACUUUAAGCAAUCUGUGGCUUAGGGAACUCUCUAUCUGAGAGCAUUUUCUGGUUAAAAAAAUCUCUUUACAUUUCCCAGUAUCAUAGCAUCCACAAAGAGUGAUAGAAUCAUUUCAGUUGGAAAAGACCUUUAAGAUCAAGUGCAACCUUUAACCCUACUCUACCGUGUUCACCCCUAAACCAUAUCCCCAAGCGCUACAUCUCUAUGACUUUAAAACACAUCCAGGGAUGGUGACUCAGCCAUCUCUCUAGGCAGCCUUUUCCAAUGCCUGACAACCCUUUCAGAGAAAAUUUUUUUCAUCAUGUCCAGCCUAAACCUCCCCUAGUGUAGCUUCAGGCCAUUCCCGCUUGUCCUAUCACUAUUUACUUGUGAGAAGAGGCCAGUGCCUACCUCUCAACCAAGUCCUUUCAGGUAGUUACAGAGGGUGAUGUGGUCUCCCCUCAGCCUCCUUGGCUUCAGACUAAAUAGCCCUAGUUCUCUCAGCCACUUCUCAUAUGACUUGUACUCUAGGCCUCUCACCAGCCUAGUUGCUCAUCACUGCACCUGCUCCAGCACCUCAGUGUCUUUUUUGUAUUGAUCUGCCCGGAACCAAACACCGUACUCAAGUUGCAGCUUCACCAGUGCUGAGUAAAGGGGGAGGGUCACUUCCCUACACCUGCUGGCCACAGGUCAUACAAGCCAGGAUUCUGUUGACCUUCUUGACCACCUGGCACACUGUUGGCUCAUGUUCAGCUGCUUGUCGAUCAGCAUGGUCAGGUCCCUUUCCACUGGACAGCUUUCCAGCUACUUUUCCCUCAGCCUGUUGUGGCCCAGUUGCAGGACCUGGCACUUGGCCUUGUUGAACCUCAUACAGUUAGCCUCAGCCCAUCAAUCCAGUCUGGCUAAGUGCCUCUGUAGAGCCUACCUACCCUCAAGCAAAUCAACACUCUCACCCAACUUGGUGUCAUCUGCAAACUUACUGAGGAGUAACAUAAAUCAUUUGGCAAGGAGUCCACAGUUUAACUGUGUUGUGUAAAGAACUAUUUCCUAUUGUUUCCUUUGAAUCUGAUAGUUCCAGGGUUUUUUCCUAAUUUUCUUCCUUAAAGGAAAUGGUAGACACUUUGAAAAGAUUUUUUCCUUAGCAGUUACUCAUUCUAGUUGUCUUUCAAAAUGUAUUAUUACUUAUCAGUAAAGCACCAGAAAAUUAUUAGGGAAGGAACUGUGCAUUUUAACAAAUGAUUGCUUAUCUUAUGGUGCCAUAUCAUGAUAAUGAAUAACUUAACUACAUUGCACUAUAAGCUGUAAAAAACAGUCAUAACUUCUGUGAAUUCUGAAAUAGAUGGUCAAGAGAAAUGUCCUUCUACCAUCUAUGUACAUUGCAUGUUACAGCUGAUGCAGCAGGUAAUAGCACAUAUCAACAGGCGUAUUGAAAAUAGCCCUGUUCACAGGUUUGUAUAAUUCUGUGGUUUUGAAUGUGUGGAUUUUAUAGCAGAUGCUUUGUACAAGAGAGUAGAAUAGAGAAAAGUAUUUGGGAGAAACCUUGAUUUGUUAAGUUUAGAUAUAGCACUGUGUACUGUUCUUCAGUAAUAGACAGAAUUUUCAAGGGCGGUCUUCCUUGGAACAUAAUGUAAAAUUUCUGGCUAGGUGAAGAGUUGAUGAGGUUGUGUUUUUUUUUUCUUUAAAAAAAAAAAAACUUUGCUGUGCGCUGAAGGACCCUUUUGAGGUGGUACUUUGAAUCCAGUUGGUCUAAAAAGUGGUGAAGUGGAUCUAGUCAGUCUUGCUGCCUUGUACUGGAGAACACUUGUGAUUGGACCAGCCCAGCAAUACAUCUCUAAGUUUUAAAAAUUUUAUUUUCUUUUCUGUUCAUGUACACUGAAAUAAAAUUAUUUUAAUUCUAA